CUUGUUGAAUCUGAUUUGGCGGCAAAAAUAGACGGGCAUGGCAUCAUCGACGACGACUGUUGUGGCAGUUAUUGUUGAUGUUUUCCAUUUUCAUCUUUAGAAAAGAAAAAUGGAGCUCGAUCGGAACAGCAAUCCAUCGACGACUUCGUCUUCCCCCCUCAGGCAAGAUGUCUCCCGAUCAAGUCCUACUAUUUCGCAGAAUCUCGAUCAUUUAUCGCCUGAAUCCCACGCACGCCCACCUCGCAAACCGAUCGCCGAUCAGACAGAGCCUGCCGCCGCCGCCUCUUAUUCAGACCAAAACAGCAAAUCUAAGGAUACAUCACCACCAUGGCGAGAAAUGUUCCGAUUGGGCUCAACGCGGAAACCCAUGGCCCCAUCGCCGCAGCAUUCCGCAGAGGAACUUUCCGGCGAUCCUCAGGUACGCCUCGCUCUCUACGUCGCUAUGGCCCACGCUGGUCUCGCCUUCGCCAUUUUCUUACUUUAUUGUGUCGGUAAAAUCCUUCAAGAAUAUACGAGACCCAUUCAGUGGGGAAUUCUUUGUUCAAUCCCUUUACGUGGAAUUCAACGAACCCUUGUUGCAUUUUGGUCCGGCCCUCUUGAAUCGGGGUUAAUGGACACAAUAUUGGCGAUCCCCGUUGCUUUGUUUCGAAGUUUUCUCUCCACUCUUGUCGAUAUUCGAGAUUUGUGCCUCCGAUUGCGUCCCAGGAGAUCAGAAAAGAAAUAUAAUAUGUCGUCCAAGCAUUCGCCUAGCCGCUUCUCCAAAUUGAUACGAUGGCUCGUGUCUUUCUGGGUUUUUGUAAUUGCGUACGAACAGCUAGGGUCCCUAGGAUCUCUGGGUCUGCUCAUUUUAGGAUUCUUGUUCACCUCAACUUCAUUUGAGUCGACGAUGGCUGUUGUUUCAACUUACAGGAGUCAAAGUUUUCGUAGGAUGCCUAUUAGUGCAUUUUUCACCAGAGGGAUAUUGAAGAGAUUGAAGACUCUUGUAGCCAUUGGAGUGAUAGUUGCAAUGAUAAUUGGCUGUCUGUCUUCCUUAAUUUUCUUUUCUUACAAGAUAGGAGUUGAGGGUAAGGAUGCUGUAAUGUCUCUGAAAUUGCACGUGGAAGAAAGUAAUUAUUCGGAGAAGAUCGGUGUUAAGAAAUGGAUAGAAGAGAAUGAUGUGGCCGGAAUGGUGGAUCGAUGCACUGCAAAGGUUUACCAGACUGUAUCUGAAAAGAUCGACGGCUUAGCAAUGCAGUAUAACUUGACUGAAUUCGUGGACGGUAUUAAAGAAUUCGUGAUUGGCCAAUCUGCAAACGCCGAGCCGUCGACUGCUUUGAUGAAUCCAUCUCCAUACACGGAGAAGCUGUUGAGCUUGAGGACGAGGAUAAGAAAUCGCGAAUGGAGCCAAAUAUACGAAGAGAUGGAAGCGAUUUUCAGAGAGUUGCUGAUCAGUCGAGAGGAUUUGGUUGAGAUUGCUAAAGGAUUCGCCCUUCAAGGUCUAGACGUGAUGCAACGAGUUCUCGCGAGUAGCAAGUCAGUCCUCGGUGGGGGUGCAAGGAUAAUGGUCUUAAUCGGCUACUCAAUUGUAUCUGGAGCGGCUGGCCUAUUCCGGUUUGUUUCUCACUUGAUGGUUUUCAUAUGGGUUCUUUAUUAUCUCAUAACAUCAGAAUCGGGUGGAGUAACACAACAAGUGGUUUGUAUGCUACCGAUUUCGAGAAGGACUAGGAUUAAGUGUGUUGAAGUUCUUGAUAAAGCCAUUUCGGGUGUGAUGUUGGCAACAGCUGAGGUUGCUUUCUUUCAGGGUUGUUUAACAUGGCUUCUCUUUAGGUUAUUUUCAAUACAUUUCUUGUAUACCUCGGCUAUACUCGCAUUUAUCAAUCCUUUAUUCCCAAUCUUUCCUUAUUGGAUAUCAACUAUACCUGCAGCUCUACAAUUUAUACUAGAAGGUAGGUAUAUUCUGGCAAUUAGCUUAGCUAUUAUUCAUCUUGUGCUCAUGGAUUAUGGAACUACUGAAAUUUUGGAGGAAAUACCUGGUCAUAGUCCUUAUCUUACUGGACUCAGUAUCAUUGGUGGCAUGACAAUAUUUCCAUCUGCGUUGGAGGGAGCUAUAAUGGGACCACUAAUAACCACAUUUAUGAUUGCUCUCAAGGAUCUCUAUGUUGAAUUUGUGUUAAUUGAACCAAAGGAAGGUUGUGGUCUUAUAGAAUGAUUUGCUUUUUUCUCACUAAAGAAGUGACAUUCUUCGAUACUGAGCAGAUGCUUGAAAAGAGACUUAUCAUACGCAUAGUUGACAGUUUACCCGUUUGUUUAUAUGUUGAUCCUCUUAGUAAACCCUAAACCUGCUUUAGGAUCACCCAUCUUUGUUUUCGAAUUAGAAGAAUAUGUAUUUUAUGGUUGGUUAAAACUGAUAUCUGACAAAACACACAUUAUUUGUAUUUAUUGACCUAUUUCCUCUUGGGGAUCACCUUAGGUGUAUAUAUAUAUACCAAUGGAAAGGGAAACAAAUUUUCAGGACCCUUCUUUUUCAAUUUGAAGAUCAAAGAAUCCAACCUUUCCAUGGCUCCUAGAUAAUAUAAUCAUUGUGGUG